ACAUUACAAACUUAACCAUGACGGCAGAAUCAAAUUCCACUUCUAUGACUUUUUAUCAUGUAAACGCGGUCGAAGACUGGACAUAUGCAAAGGUAACAGAACAUUAUCGUGCGAAAAUGAAAGAAAAUCAGAGGAAACUACUAGAUUCUAUAAAGAAAGAUCUACAGAAGGUGGUGAGGUCGGUUUCUGAAUUUGACGAGACGCGUAGACAUAAGGCUCAAGAAAUUCUUGACCAUUGGAAGAAUUGGACCGCACAGAAAGAGAAAUUGAAAAGUUCCAACCCGGCUUCCAACGUGCAACUGCAAGUAAAGAAGGUAAAACAAUUUAAUAACUUAUCUGGUUAUUCUGCAACUCAAAAUAUCGACAAUCGUCGUACAACUUCGGGAAAAAGACAACAAGGUGUUGACAAUGGAGAAGAAGCGGUAUAUUCUGAAAUCCCUUCGGCCCUAUCAAAAGAGGGAGAAUAUUUGAUCCGCAGAUCACCUCGAAAAAAGAAGCGUGUUUCCUAUAUUGAAGUGGAUGAAGAAGAGGAAUCUGAGAUAGUAAGUAGUACUGCUUCGCAAUCAGCAGAAUCUAGCCCACCCAGGACUCCACCACAAGCUCCCCGAGAUCUGAGUCCGUUGAUGAAAACUCCGAAUAAAAGACCGUUGGAGAGUUCAGAAAUCCAGCGAUACUCCAAAGAUAUAUCCGUGGUAUGCGCUUUCAAUAAAACGGUCUUGGAAUUAGCAUCAGAAGUUGGCGAGGAGCUUGCCAUUGAGCUAUCCUCUACUCGUGAUACCAAUCCUGCUCUGUGGUCGCAUGCUCUGGAAAAAUACCUUGAUACUUCUCUUAAAGAAACCGGAAAAAAAUUCAAAACUGCAAUUCAGGUUGAAGUUCCGAAUGAACCAUUUCGGUUGUAUUGUGAAAAAGUCCUUCUAGACUUCCACGCAUCUUCGGCAAAAGUGACAAAAUCCGAAACAAAUUCCGGAAUCGUUAAAGUGGAUUCGAAGGCGACUCGGCAUUUAGACGGACAGGAAAUUUGGCACAUGGAGGUUGCAGGUGGACCAUGCAAAACAACAGACUUACAUACGCUUGGUGAUACGAAAAAAACUAUGCGAAUGGAUGUUUUGAAUUUAAUUGGAAUUUUACGAAAUCACUUCGAUUGCGACAUAAAACUCGCCACUAAGAUCAAAGUAUUUUGCACCCAGGUGAUCGGUAAGUGCACGAAUGACUUUGUACGCUCUAAGUAUGCUUCCGGAUGGAAGAUUCUUUCCACUGAACUUGCAACGGCUCUAAUACCUUUCAGUUUCCAGGGUCGAAACCAAUACAAGGCUCUUCUCAGAUUGAUGGCGAUAUUUCAUGACGAGAUAAUAAAACAAGAAGAGUUAAUGGGCGAGAUUGAACGAUCUGUACUUCGUUCUAAAGGAGUAACAGUUCGUCAUGUAUUAAAUAUUCCCGAUGAAUUGUUUGAUGUAGCUGAUUCACAUAUUAACUAUGAUCUUCCUAGAAUGUGUGGGAAUGAGACUCCAUCAGAUUGGAAGGAUCAAAUUUGGAACACAUUAAUGGAAUAUAGAAAAAAUCAUCUUUUGACUGAUUAUAAUAAGAGAUAUCUUAUCGCUAGAAAACCAACAUAUUUAUAUACAUGUGAUAUUUAUGGGUAUGAGUAUUUUCAUGCAUUCUUUAUGGAUAAGCAUUGGCGUACAAAUUGUACUGAAAAUGAAUAUUGUGAUAUGAGCUUCAAAGACUACAUGAAGCUGAAAAAUAAUCCUCCACCUUGCUAUUUCACAAAGAAGGCAAUCCGUCGAUAUGAGAUGUGGUUGAAAAAUGUAUCAAAUAGGAUUCGACGUAUCAGGCAAAAGCAUAAGGUACAAAGUAAUGUAAAUACUACGCCUACCACGUUCUUUGACCCUCCUCCUUUGCCACCAAAACCUGUUGCAUUAAUGAGUGGCUUCGAGAGAUACACUAUGCGACGUAGUGCAAGUGCGCUAGAGAUUUCAGCCUAUAGAUUUGAAAGAAGCCAGGUCUUGAUUGAUGCUGAAGCAUAUUUCGAUUCU